AUGGCUCUGCGAUCGAAUUUCUCUCGCAUCAUCCACAGCUCCCGCGGCAUAUUCGCAGCAACCCCAACCCGAGCCUUUUCGCCGCUCGCUGGCACUCACUUCCGCUCCAAGGCAGCGGCCGCCACCCCUGCUGCCCCCCCAAAAGAGGAAGAGACAUGGCGCGUGUCCAACUACUCCGGAUCGCACGGGGGCCUCUCCGAUGAAAACCGCGUUUUCACCAACCUCUACCGCGACGGUGAUUGGAAGCUCGAGGGCGCCCUAAAGCGCGGCGACUGGCACAAGACCAAGGACCUCGUUCAGAUGGGCCGCGACUGGAUCAUCAACGAGAUCAAGGCCUCAGGUCUUCGCGGCCGUGGUGGUGCCGGCUUUCCCUCAGGCCUCAAGUACUCGUUCAUGCCCAACGGAAGCCCGGAUGGCCGUCCGAAUUACCUCGUUGUGAAUGCAGAUGAGUCCGAGCCGGGUACGUGCAAAGAUAGAGAGAUUAUGCGAUCCGAUCCGCAUAAGCUUGUAGAGGGCUGUCUGCUCGUCGGACGCGCUAUGAGUGCCCGUGCCGCAUACAUCUACGUGCGUGGCGAGUUUAUCGAUGAGCGCAGAGCCUUGGAAGUCGCUGUCCAGGAGGCCUAUGCCAAGGGGCUAAUCGGAAAGAAUGCUAGCGGCUCUGGCUACGACUUUGACGUUCACGUUGCGUAUGGCGCGGGCGCGUAUAUUUGUGGUGAGGAGACGGCCAUGAUUGAAAGCUUGGAAGGGAAGCAGGGAAAGCCGCGUCUGAAGCCCCCCUUCCCGGCUAACAUUGGUCUGUACGGAUGUCCGACUACUGUGACUAAUGUCGAGACAGUUUCCGUCGUGCCAACUAUCCUGCGUCGUGGGUCAGACUGGUUUGCCUCAAUGGGACGCACGGGAAAUGCCGGGACGAAACUCUUCUGUAUUUCAGGCCACGUCAACAACCCGUGCACGGUUGAGGAAGAAAUGUCGAUCCCUCUUCGUGAGUUGAUUGACAGACAUUGCGGCGGAGUUCGCGGCGGCUGGAAUAACCUGCUCGCCAUUAUCCCAGGGGGAUCGUCUGUGCAAUUGAUGCCCAGGCAUGUUUGCGAGGACGUAUUUAUGGACUUUGACUCCCUGAAAGCUGUUGGCUCGGGCCUUGGUACAGCAGCCGUUAUCGUGAUGGACAAAAGCACAGACGUGAUCGCUGCCAUUGCAAGGCUUUCAUAUUUUUACAAGCACGAAUCUUGCGGGCAGUGCACGCCGUGCAGAGAAGGGACGGGGUGGUUGUGGAUGCUGAUGGAACGCAUGAAGGCCGGGGAUGCUAAGGUGGAGGAAAUUGACAUGCUUUGGGAAAUCACCAAGCAGAUUGAGGGUCACACGAUUUGUGCACUUGGUGACGCUGCGGCGUGGCCAGUUCAGGGCGUGAUUCGUCACUUCAGACCGGAAUUUGAGAGGCGAAUUGCGGAAUUCCAAGCAAGACAUGAGAAGGCGGAAGUCAGCGCGUAGCGAUUUUUGCUUUCGUUUAUUGACACCCACCCUGGAAUAUAUAGAUAGCUACCACGCGUGCUGUGCUCGUUUGAUCACGUGGUAAAGUGCUGUCGCUGAGCCCGCGUGUUUUGAUGGCC